AGAAAAGGACCAAUCAAAUACCAUCUUCUUCAACGGCCAAAGAGUCAAACCACCUGUUUGAAAAACUUCCACGCAAGUUGGGAAAAUCUCUCUCUUUCUCGGCAAAGUGCGCAAUAGAGAAGCCUUCACUGCUCUUUGCCACACAAAACUUUAGCGAAAGCUUUGGAGGAUAAUGGAGCCGAAACGGGGCAUAGAGCAAUUCAAAGGUCAAACAAGGUUACCCAAAUUUGCAGUUCCGAAACGCUAUGAUCUUCUUCUUAAACCUGAUCUCUCUGCCUGUACUUUUUCUGGAACCGUGCAAAUUAGCCUUACUAUCAGUGAAAACACCAAAUUUAUCGUCUUGAACUCUCUCGAACUUGAUAUCCGGAGAGUCUGGUUCACUAACUCUCAUCUUGUAGAGUACUCUCCGUGUGAUGUUGUUGUGGAUGGUGAUGAUGAGAUUGUCAUCCUGGUGUUUGAUGAACCGCUUCAUGUUGGAGAAGGAGUUCUGGGGAUUGAGUUUUCUGGGAUCCUCAAUGACCACCUUAGAGGAUUCUACAAAUGCACAUAUAAUGACGGAGGAGUGAAGAAAAAUAUGGCAGUUACUCAGUUUGAGGCAGUAGAUGCAAGGCGAUGCUUCCCAUGCUGGGAUGAGCCUGCUCUGAAGGCAAUCUUUAAGAUAACACUUACCGUGUCAUCAGAGUUGACAGCAUUGUCUAAUAUGCCAGUUGAAUUUGAAAAGCAUGAUGGAAACUUAAAGACUGUUUAUUUUGAGGAAUCACCUGUCAUGUCUACUUAUUUGGUGGCUGUUGUUGUUGGCUUAUUUGAUCAUAUCGAGGAAACAUAUGCUGGGAUCAAGAUUAAUUUAUAUUGUGCUAUUGGGAAGGCUGAUCAAGGGAAGUUUGCAUUGGAUAUAGCAGUGAAGACACUAGAUAUAUAUACAAAGUACUUCUCAGUGCCUUAUCCACUGCCUAAACUGGACCUUGUUGCUGUUCCUGAAUUUGCUGGUGGAGCCAUGGAGAACUAUGGUUUGAUUAUAUAUCGUGAAAAUGAACUUCUUUACCAUGAUUUGUAUUCUAAUGCUGCUAAGAAGCAACGUAUAACAAUUGUCACAGCACACGAAGUCGCUCAUCAGUGGUUUGGCAAUCUGGUAACUAUGGAAUGGUGGACUCAUUUAUGGCUUAAUGAAGGUUUUGCAACAUGGAUAAGUUAUAUGGCCACUGACAUCUUAUUUCCAGAGUGGAUUAUAUGGACUCAGUUCCUUUUACAAGCUGCAGAUGGUUUACAAAUGGAUGCUCUGGAAACAUCACAUCCGAUUGAGGUAGAAAUACACCAUGCACGCUCAGUUAUUGAAGUCUUUGAUGCUGUUAGCUAUGAAAAGGGAUCUACUGUUAUAAGAAUGUUGCAGGGUUAUCUUGGUGAUGAGAUAUUCCAGAAAUCCUUAAGCAAUUAUAUAAGAAAAUAUCAAGGCCAGAAUGCAGGCACAGAGGAUCUAUGGACUGUUCUUUCAGAGGAAUCGGGUGUGCCGGUGAACUCAAUGAUGAACACCUGGACAAAAAAGACAGGAUACCCAGUUAUCAAUGUUAAACUAGAAGGUCAUAUUUUGGAACUCAAACAGUCACAAUUUCUGUUAUCUGGUGCACAUGGUGAUGGGCAAUGGAUCGUUCCCGUAACAUUGUGUAUUGGCUCAACCCAACGGAGAAAAAAUUUCCUUCUGGAGACAACCCAGGGAAAGUUGGAUAUAUCUGGACUGGUUCAAGCAAGUGGUGAUAGUCAAAGCUCGACUAAAGAGAAAAAUGUGGAAGACAGUGAUGAAAAGUUAUGGGUUAAAGUCAAUGUUGAUCAAAGUGGAUUCUAUAGGGUAAAUUAUGAAGACAAGCUUGCAGUUCGACUGAGAAAAGCCAUACAAAACAAUUCCCUGCAAGCUACAGAUAAAUUUGGUGGGUAUGAUGUGCAAGUUAUAUGCAUUAUGGAUGAUGCAAAUGCUCUUUGCCAGGCUUGUGAACAGUCACUUUCAUCUUUACUUUUGUUGAUGGAUGUGUACAGGAAAGAGUUUGAUUAUGUUAUCGUAUCAAAACUCAUUUCUGUUUGUUACAAUAUUCUCAAAAUCUCAAGAGAUGCCAUCCCAGACUCCGUGAACGAGUUGAAACAAUAUUUUAUCGCCCUCCUCAAGUUUUCUGCAGAACAAUUAGGUUGGGAUUCUAAAGAAGGAGAAGAUCAUUCGAGCUCACUCUUAAGAGGAGAAGUAUUUCAGGCUUUGUCUACAUUUGAUCAUGGUGAAACGCAACAAGAAGCACUACGGCGCUUUCUGAUAUUGUUAGACGACAGCAAUACGACUCUGCUUUCAGCUAACACUAGGAGGGCUGCUUAUGUGGCUGUCUUGAGGAAUACUACCACCAAAAGCAGGACUGGAUUGGAAUCCCUAUUGAGUUUCUACAAGAGAACUGACGUGUUACAAGAAAAGGAAAGAAUACUCCGUUGCCUUGCAUCAAGUGCGGAUCCAAACAUAGUUCUGGAGGUUCUAAAUCUUCUGUUGUCUGAUGAGAUUCGGGAUCAAGAUAUUAUUUAUGUACUUGCUGGAAUAAGCUCAGAAGGGAGCGAAACAGCAUGGAGAUGGUUGAAGGACAAUUGGGAAAGGAUCUUGACCAAAUAUGGUGCUGGACUUCUGCUCACCAAUUUCAUUAGCCAAAUCGUCCCAUUGGUUAAUAGCAACGAAAAAGCUGAUGAGAUAGAAGAGUUUUUUGCUAGUCGCAUGAACCCUUCAAUUGCUAUGAACUUGAAGCAAAGCAUCGAGCAAAUCCGAAUCAAAGCCAGGUGGAUACAAAGCACAAGGCAAGAACAUUCUCUGCCAGACCUGAUCAAACAAUUAGCUCAGAAGAAAUAGUAGCUUCUGUCCCAGCAACUUCCUUUGAAGCUUGAACCAAACCAGAAACAAGUAGUUUCUUUCAAUAACGUGUGUCUAUUAUGACAUGAAUAAAAAGACAAUGUAAUUCUCUAGUUUGGAGUAAGUUGGAUUAGACCAAUAAAUCUUCUAAACAACUAUGUUCAUGUGGAAGCAUGAUUUAUUUAUCAACGCAGGUUAGCCUAAGCGAUAAAAAGUU